AUGCAUGAAUCAAACAACAUGGUUGAAGAGUCAAGUAAGAUGAUUGAAGAAGCGGAGGAAGAGAUCCUGGGCAUUAUACGAAGCGAAUAUUUGCAGAUUUUCCAUGUUGUGGAUGAGGUUGGCGAGAAUGCUUUUUUGAGAAGCACGGAACUUGACAAUGCGCUCCGGAGGAUUUAUGAAGAAGUUGGAGAUGCUGGGGUGGUGCAGAGUACAAUAACAAGGUUUGUGCAUAGAUGA